AUGGCACGGCGGUCCUUACUUCACCAUCACCAUGAUGUAAAUCCAUACAACAGCAAAAUCAAUGGACUUUUGGUUCAAGCGUUCAGCUCCACCUGGUGCAUCCUGCAACAGAUAAACACAAAUAAAUUAACUGAACCCUGUGAUUUGCAGCUCAGGCCACCAACAGUAAUUGGCCAAUCCCACACUCUCCUCUUUGGCUCAGUUUGUCUGUUUUCCCUUGGUGUUUUGGGCUUUGCUGUCCAUGGAAAUGAGGCCUUGCAUUUCAGCCGUGAGCCAGAUAAGAGAGAGGUUAAUCUUCCCUGUUACAACCAGUUCAGGCCUAUAACUCCUCAGGUAUUCUGGGCGUUACAGAUGGUGAUUGCACUGGUACCCGGAGCCUUUUUUCACCUUUAUGCUGCCUGUAAGAGCAUCAAACAGAAAGAGACCCUCCAAAAGUCAUUCUACACCAUUUUUUUAAUCUCCUCUGUUUUCUUAAGGAUUAUCCUUGAAGCUGAGGCUUUUUUGCUUCAGAUUCAGCUCUUUGGUUUCAAAGUGAACGCAAUCUAUGUGUGCGAUGUGGGAGCACUUGAAAAACAGUUUAACGUUACCCGGUGCAUGCUGCCAGAGCACUUUGAAAAGAGAAUUUUUCUUAUUGCAAUGUACAAAUUUACUGUGAUUACAGUGGUCUUGUGCGUUGCUACAUUUUUUGAGAUCUCAUGUAGAAGGCUGGGUUUCUUAAAAACUCAGUGA